UUGCUUUUACAUCAGCAGGCUAUUGUGCUAUCAAAGAUAUUUUGACAGGAAGACCUCUCUGGCACUGUUGCAGAACAGUAGCUCUAACACAGUUGCCUUAGGCUUUUUACUUUUUUGACAAGAAUUAAACUUUCAAAAGGUGGGGCAUUUCAGCUGUUUGCUUCCGGAUGUGGGAGUGGAAACUCACAACAAGUCUGCAGUGAACCACAGAAAUCAGGUUCACAAAGCCAGCAGUCAACAAAUAAAGAUAAAAAAGAAAGGCACAGAGAGAGCAAGCGAGAAAAGUUUAUUUACUGACAAAAUUGUCUUCAUAUUGAAAAAAGUCAUCCAUAUAAAAUUUCUGUUUGCUGACAGUGAGAUCAGAAGUGGAUAUCUUGGAUGAGUGAGCACUGUGACUUGAAGAGUCAAAUCGAAAGAUGCAGGUUGCUAAUGAAUACAUAUGUGAAGCUGUUUGCUAAAGCCAGACAGAAAUAUGAAAGGUUCAGUAAAAAAAGAAUUCACGGUGAGGACUAAUUGUGCAGAUAAGAUCUCCCAGCAUACAUUUCAUGAAAGUAUUUAUUAAAAGGAGGCUAGACUAAAGCACUCAAAUCAUCCCAAGGAAUCUCAAGACAUCCUGUGUUUUUCAGUGUAGACAUAUACAUUAUCAAACUCUGACAAGAUGGAUAAAUUUCGUAUGGUGUUCCAGUUCCUGCAGUCCAAUCAGGAGUCUUUUAUGAAUGGCAUCUGUGGUAUUAUGGCACUGGCAAGUGCCCACCUCUAUUCUGCCUUUGACUUUAACUGCCCCUGUCUACCAGAUUAUAACCUCCUGUAUGGCAUGGGCAUCCUUUUUGUGCCCCCAGUUGUACUGUUCUUACUAGGCUUUGUCAUGAACAAUAAUGUGUCUAUGUUAGCAGAGGAGUGGAAGAGACCCACUGGAAUGCGACAAAAGGACCCAUCUGUUUUACGUUACAUGUUCUGUUCAAUGACCCAGCGAGCACUUAUUGCCCCAGCAGUUUGGAUCUCAGUUACACUGUUGGAUGGUAAAUGCUUCAUCUGUUCCUUCAGUACUGAUAUACCCCUAGACAAACUGGGAAAUCAAACAGACCAUGAGCUUUCUGAAAGGGAACUCAAAAGAAUUCUAGCUAGGAUACCAUGUAAGGAUAUUUUCAAUGGACACGAAAUUGUUUCCAGAGAAGUUGCUGCAAGGUACCUACGGUGCAUCUCUCAGGCAGUUGGGUGGUUCUUUGUGUUGACAAUAACUUUUCUGGCUUUUUUGGUAAGAGCCAUUCGUCCAUGCUUCACUCAGGCUGCCUUCCUGAAGACCAAGUAUUGGUCACAUUAUAUAGACAUCGAACGUAAGCUCUUUGAAGAGACCUGCACAGAGCAUGCCAAGAGCUUUGCCAAGAUCUGCAUUCAGCAAUUCUUUGAGGGCAUGAAUAAAGAAAUGGGGCUCAGACAUGUCCAUUACCAAGAAACUCAAAAAGAGGAAGACAAGGAAGAGACAGAGAAACUCUUAGGUGUCACAGACCAAGGCACAAUGAACAAAGUUCUAAAGAACUGGCACAGGUGCAAACCACCUUUAAAUCUUAACCAUGAUGUGUGUCAGAAUGGCAAUGCCAGUGCAUUCAACAACCAUAAUGUACAGUUCAAUAACCUCAGUUUACCCAGACGAGAAGUAGCAGCUUACUACAGCAAAGUCUGAUACAACAAGUAAUAAGCCACUCAGGAGGCAAGGAGAGACAAUACUGCCAUCAAAGUCAGUACCAAUGCUGUCACAUUCCAAACUUUUUAAAGAAGUUGUUUUUAUUUUUAAUUUUCUAAAAGUACAACAAAAAUACUUUGUGUGAUGAUGUUUGUCUGCUCCAGACCAGAAACAAAUAUUUAUUUUUAUUUGGCAAAUAACCCAAUAUUUUGCAUUAUUCUGAAUGUGUGUGAGGGACUGAAAGGAAAGCGGCAGAUCAGGUAUUCUUUUUUUAAUAAUUGAAUGAGUGCAGCACACAAUCCAAAAUCUAGUUGAACCUUAAAUUUCUGGUACCAAAAUGUUUCCUCUCAGCACUGUUUAUACAUUAUUAUGUUGACUCAACUGUCCCUGAUUUUGUAAAACGCUCCUGAUUUUAUCUCAUAUUUUUGCUUUGCUCCUUGUAAAAGUUUUGAUUGUUUUAGUAAAUCACUGAGGAGUGCAGUGAGUUAAUAAUGCCAGGCAUUAGAGUGUCAUUAUUGUUAUUUUUCAGAAAAUGCAUGUUGAUGCAAAAUUUAUUUCCUUUUUUAAGUGAAUUAGAAUAACAUUUAAAAUUGUCCCUGAUUUUUGGCCAUUAAUUGUCCCUGAUUUUUGGCCAUUAUUCUUGGCUUUAUUCAUAAUUCAUGAGUAAAGAAGUUGAGAAAUAAUGUAUAUUUUUUCUCGGCACUCCCAUUUCAGAUCUGGGUCCUAUAGGUUUACAGUGUUUGCAGUAUGUAAAUCAGCUUUCUUCUUUCAGCAUGUUAUAGAAAUAUUGUCUUACCUAGUUAAGAAAUAUGCAGAAAGAAACAUAAAUUAUAUGUAUGCCAUCUGUUUCUCUGUACUGUUACCACAAGGAUUACUUUUUAUUUUUGCACAAUAAACUGGUUGGAAUGUGAAAUUUUAGAAGUAGAAAACAAGAGCUAAAAGUAAAUUUACAAUCCUAAUUGUUAAAUCAGCAGUAUACAUUUAAUGUACAUGAUAAAUUGUCCUAAGUAAAACAUUUCGGUACUUACAUAUUAUCGCAGAUUUUCAUGGUUCCGAAUUUUGCAUACUUCUAUAGAAAGGAGGCCAUGAAACACUGCAAUGUGGUAUUUACAGUGUUUAUUGCUGAGGAUUAAGUUUGCAUUACCUUCAGGAAAAGAAACAUUUCUGAAAACCCUCUUCCAGUUUUUGUAUGCAUUACACAUGCACACUUACUUAUCAUGUCUGCUACCGUUCUGAUGAACAGAUUCCUUGCACUGAAUGGAAGGCUUCCUUCAGAGAAGGCAAACACAGACACAAAAAAGAUUGUUAAAAAUAAAAUGUUAACCAAAACUAACUGUAAACAUAUGAGCAGGUCACACUGAAAAACCAUGCUACAUGCCACAAAUGACAAGAAGAAUCGCGCUAUCAGGUAGUAAGAUAUUUUCCGAAGUGUUAGUAACAGGAGGUGUUUUCAGAAACUGACUUUGUAUCUUCCAUUUUGUGUAAGGUGCAGGCAUUGCUUGCUUCUCAAAUGGGGACAGUUUCUAAUAGUACCUUAAGUGAAAAUCUUGAUACAUAAAGUAGGAAAGGCAGCAAUCCUUGGGCUUGACAAAUGUACACUGUAGAAGGUUGCAGGGUGUUUUUGGUUACUCUCUUUCCCUUUCCUGACAUCGUAGUGAGAAAUGCAGGUACUGUAAAGCUUUUCGGCAACAUGGAGUUACAGGAGCAAUGAGGCGCGUCAUCCACAAGUACAAAAUUUCACCCGUACUCCUCUUCUGGGGUCAUACCCUCUUAGACAGACUAAUGCUUAAUUCUCGACACACCCCUUUUUAGGUUAAGCAACCUGUUUCCGUGCACACUGACAGAAUAAUGUCAGUGCGGAAAUCUGGUUGCGAUAAUACUUAAGUACCAACAUUUCUUAUGAUUGCACAUGUAAUAAUCCCAAUUUUUGUUUUCAAGAAAGCACAUCCAGUGUCGUCUUAUAACUGCAUCCCUAAUUGGGGAUCUCCACUAAUCACUAGAGCUGAAUGGUUACUGGGGCCAGUCUUCAUAAAGACACACUAGAAGUGUGCUAAUAAAUAAGCAAACAUCAUUUCUUUAACAACAGAUCUGAGUUCUAGCAGAUCAGAAGGAAUGUAGUAAGCAGACAUUCUGGUAGUGACUGCAGGUAUCAUUACAAGAUCUACAAGUUUUAAUAUAAAACUGAAAACAGCAUCAAAUAGGACUUAAGCAACUUGAAUUACAAGCAUAUGAACAUAAAGAGAUGUUGAAAUUAUGUAGUGUAUUGAGCCAAUCACAUUGUGUCAGUGGAAAUUGCCCUGGUGCUCUCUCCUGCCCUUUCUCCAUUCUUUCUUUGAUCUCUUGAUUUAUCUUUAAGUUUUCUUUCUCUCCCAAGCAAUUUUGAACACUUAAUUAACAUAUACUGUCCCUGUACCUCAAAUGAUGUAUUUCAUGGCCUUGCCAUCAUCACUUCAAAAUGAUACUUUCUCACAUCUGUCUGGAGGCGCCACUUACGUACACAUUCUCUUUAUCCCCCACAUUUACCCUCUAAUGAUGCAGUUCACUGAUAAAGCUUGUGAUUCAAAUGCCCACUUACUACAAUGCAAAAGAAAGUAACUUGAAUUCAGUUGAAGAACAAAUUAAAUUACAGCGAGAAUGAAUGCGCUCAUGGGGCAUUAUAAGUUUAAUUCUUCUCUUUUAAUUUAUCUUGGCUACAUCAUUUCAAACAGAUGACAAUAAUGAAUCAGACAUGCAGCUUAAAGCAUUUCUGCAAAUAACAGUGGCAUAAAGGAGUAAGUCCCUAACUACAGACAAGCAACCCAAGUUCAAUUACUAGGUCAGGGAGCUUUAUAGCAAUGGAAUGGGAUGAUGGGAAGACCCAUAAAGGGGAAAGCAAGGGAAAAGCAAGGAUGCAAACUUCCACAAUUCCUAAGAGGAAUGGCAGUUUUGAAAAAGAACAUCCAGGCAUGAGAAUAGAUUUUAAUUCACCAACCAAGAGCAUGAAGGUAUACUUCAACAGUGAGUGCUGAAGUGUAUGUACUUGCAAAGAGGAAGGUAUAGUGGGUCUCCAAUGUGAUGCAGGUAGCUUGUCCUUCAACCGAGAGGGUGCAGUUACAACUACAGAUAACAUCCUCAGUUGCUGGGAUGCCAGCAAGGGCACAAGCAACUGUUGUGGCUGGCUGUAUGACAACUUCCCUGGAUGUCUCUCACCUGGUACAACACUGGGGCAGAGUCCUUUAUAUGGAGGAAUACAAUGGUUCGAUUGGGGAUGACUUAGUGACCAGAAGGAUUGGGAGCAAAAGCAAGUCAAACUAUUCUUCCAACAAUGGUGGUUGAUCUUAUAAUGUUUAAAUAUUGAGAGUUUAGAGAUGCAGGGGAUCUUAACCCCCCCCCCUCCAAAAAAACAAAUCUUGUAGAGUAGUUUUCACAGUUUGUCUUUCUUUUAGCUGGUUGUUGUAUGAUCAGUGCAAGAGCUCAUAUUCCUUUCUAAACUCACUGUAAUAUUUGAAACAAAAAUGCUAGACAAGUCUUGCCUCAGGACUAAGUCCACAGCAUUCCAUUGCUUACUGCUUAUUCGAUCCAUUUUAAUUUUCCAAUAAACCUUAUGUCUUAGACAGUGUGAAAGGUCUUAGUGAAUUUUUGAUCCACCAUUUCCAAAUAAUUUCUCUCAUUCAGUCUGAGAAUAGGAUGAAGCCACAGUAGUAAAACAUAUGCCAAGCUGCACUGUCUACCACUGAGCAGAGUAUUAAUAUCUAAGAACUCCUCCUGUCUCCUGUACAGAGUAUUUCUGAUAGCAUUCCCUAGAAUGGAAGUGAGACUAACAAACCAAGCUCCUUCCUAGAUCCACCUUUAUGUAAAUGGGGCCAUCUGCACCAGACUCAAGUCUUGCAGUAACUCUCCAAUCAUUAAACAGACUAUAUAGAUAUAUUAGUGCUUCACCGAAAACCAUUGCCAGCUGUUUUGGCACCCUGGGGGGGCAGCUUAUUCACAUCUUAGCCUCAACUCCAUGAAGACUCUUUAAUCCUUUUAUACUUCUUUACCUAUCAGUCUUCUCUUUCUCCACUUGUUCUCAUUCAUGCCUCUUGUGUCUGCCUUUGCUGGAUCUCUGUCUUACUGCUGAUGUGUGAAUUCAGUGAUAAGAAGACCAUUCACUAAUUCAGCCAGACCUAUUUAUGCACAUAUUUUCCUCCAUGUCUGUUAAAUCUGCUCAUUAAUCCCAUAUUCUUUAAGAUAUCUGGGAAAUGUAUGCACCUUUAUGACUAGAUGAGUAUUGUUGCCUUUUAUGACAUUUUAAUAGGCCAUUUUCCACAUCCAGACAACUCAACGCAAACACACCCAAUGAUACACCCACACAUUGAGAGAGAGACACACACACACACACACACACACACA